AAGACUAAUUAAACCCCUAUUUUGGCACUUGUUCGGAGAACAAAGAGAAACCCAAGAACCAAACAAGAAAAAGAAAAGAGAAGAGAACUCCCAUUCUGUGUCACUCACAGGCCUGAGCUCUCUCUCUCUCUCUCUCUCUCUCUGCGUGUGACCACUUCCAUUAGUCCAUUUUAGCAGAUACCCAGCUUUACCCUUCUCUCUCUCUCUCUCUCUCUCCGUGACCGUCAUUAUUUCCCAGGAGAUGAAUGGUGAGAUGGGUUUCUCUAAAAACUGUUUCCAAGAGCUACAUUACUAGAGACCCACUUUAUAUGUAUCAGUGUAAGAAAUGGGUUGGUUUAAUCCUUCUUUAAAAGCACCAUUUUUCACUCUCUUUCUUUACAACCCCAGUGACCAAAACCCACAAAACCUUCAUUUUGGCACAAGCCCCGCAUCUUUGUUCACCCACAUUCCUCCAAAAAAAAGCCCCAGCUUUUUCACUUUUCUCUCUAGCCCAAUCUUUUAAAAGCAGAACCACCACUCUCAACUGAACUUAGCAAGCAAACAGGGAUGGGUUGUGUUGCCUCUAAACUAGAGGAGGAAGAAGUAGUCUCUAUCUGUAGAGAGAGAAAUGGGUUUCUCCAAAGCUGUGUACCAGGGCUACCAUUUUACUAGAAACCCACUUUAUAUGUAUCAGUGUAAGAAAUGGGUUGGUCUAAUCCUCCUUUAAAAGCACCAUUUUUCACACCCUUUCUCUGAAACCCCAGUGAUCAAACCCACAAAACCUCUAUUUUGGUACAAACCCCCCACAUCUUUCUAAUCACAUUCCUCCAAAAAUCCCACCUUUUAAACUUUCUUUAACCCAUCUUUAAAAGCAGAACCACCAGUCCAAAACUUGGCAAGAAAAGAGGGAUGGGUUGUGUUGCCUCUAAGCUAGAGGAAGAAGAAGAAGUUGUUUCUAUUUGUAAAGAGAGAAAGCGUCAGCUAAAGUUAGCUGUGGAGAGAAGGUAUGCUCUUGCAGAUGCACAUUGUAGGUACUGUCAAGCUCUGUAUGGAGUCUCAGCUGCUAUAAACCUGUUUGUUUCUCGUCAUUCUUCACCCUCUUCACCAUUUCUCAUCACUUUCCCACCAUCGUCUCCGCCCAGAGAAAAUGUGGUCUCCAACCCAUUGUUCCUUCGACAAACACCAUCUGAACCAACCCAGAAAGCCAUUAAUUGUGAAUCAUGUGGUUCUUCAACAUCUUCAGAAGAAGAUGAAAGAGAAGAAGAAAAAACGGAGAGAGAAGAGGAAGAAAAAGGUUUUGGGUAUUUCUAUAUGCAAGUGCCACCACCAUCAAUGCCAUCUCCACAGAGGGAUUUUGGGUGGGAUUUCUUUAACCCUUUCGACAGCGUGAGACCGGAGAUUAUAAGUGGGUAUAAUCACAACUCUGAUGAGGAUUUGAGGGCAGUGAGGGAAGAAGAGGGGAUUCCAGAGUUGGAAGAGGAAGGGGAGAGAAUGGAGGAAGAGAAAAAGGCGGUGAUGGUGAGUGAAGGGAGUGAAAAUGUUGAGCAUGAAGAGAGUGAAAAUGUUGAUGGUAGGGUAAUGGAUGGUGUUGUGAACCAUGGGGAGCAGAAGGGUAUAACAGUAAUUAACUCACCAGUGAAAGGGAGAGAGUUGUUGGAAGCGUUGAAGGAUAUUGAGGAUCAUUUCAUUAGGGCUUGUGAUUCUGGCAAGAAUGUAUCAAGAAUGUUGGAGGUAAAUAGGGUUCAAUUGCAAUCUGGUUUGGAGGAAAUAAAAGAGAACUCGACAAAGCUCAUCCAAGCCAUCACAUGGCGGUCCACUUUGUCUCGAACCUCUUCAUCAUGUAAAAGUCUUGUGGCAUCUAGUUCUAAAAGCUCUUCGACAUGGACGGAAUUUAGCAACGAUCUCUUUGAUGAUUAUGGAGGAAUGGAAUCUGGAAGCCAUUCUCUGACACUAGGAAGGCUAUAUGCUUGGGAAAAGAAGCUUUAUGAAGAGGUUAAGGCUGGAGAUAGUACCCGGAAAAUUUAUGAUAGAAAGUGCAAUCAACUAGGAAAUCAGGAUGCUAGAGGCGAUGAUGGACUUGCUGUGGACAAAACCCGAGCUGCGGUAAAAGAUUUAUAUAGCAGGAUCUUGGUUGCAAUUCGAAGUGCUGAAUCAAUCUCGAAUAAAAUUGAGAAACUGAGGGAUGAAGAAUUGCAACCCCAAAUUAUGGAAUUGUUACAAGGGCUGAUGAGAACCUGGAAAGUUAUGUUGGAAUCUCAUGAAAUCCAGAACAAGAUUAUGUUUGAAGUCAAAUCAUAUACCCGUCCCACUUAUGGAAAAUUCUGCAAUAACUCUCACCUACUUGCUACGCUACAGCUUGAGGCUGAGCUUCAGAAUUGGCGAGCACGCUUCAUAGAUUACAUUGCAGCACAAAAGGUGUAUAUUGAAGCUCUCCAUGGAUGGCUAUCAAAGUUUGUCAUCCCCGAAGUUGAAUUCUGCUCUAGGAGGAGGAGUUCAUCGCCGCUCUGUCGAGUCAAUGGCCCACCAUUGCUUUUGAUCUGCCGCGAUUGGUUAGCUUCCAUGGAAAAGUUGCCGGAUAAGACGGUAGCAUUUUCAAUGAAAAGCUUUGGAAAGGAUUUACGAGCUUUAGGGGUUCAGCAGGGGGAGGAACAACAACAGAAGAGGAAAGUCGAUGGUAUGGCCAAAGAACUCGAUAGAAAGAUUUUAGCGUUCCAAAAGGCAGAGAACAAGAUUUUUGAAUCAAAGCUUUCAGACCAUAAUUCAGAGCCAGACAUUGAGCACCGGGCUGAGUGUUUGAAAGAAAAGAAGGAUUUGUUGGAUGGUUUUAGGAGGAGGGUUGACGUAGAGAAGGAGAAACACCACAACUGCAUGCAAGAAACACAACGGAUCACACUGAAUGGAUUUCAGACCGGGUUUUAUGGAGUCUUCGAGUCCUUGACAGAGUUUUCCAAGGCAUCUCUGAAAAUGUAUGACGACCUUUUGAACACUGAAAAAGCUGUGAAACCGGGAUACGUUGAGGGCUUUCAAGGCAAAGAAAAUGGCAGCACGUGAAAUGGAAAACUAGUCUAAGGUACUUCAAGAUUUUAAGGUUUGAGGGUUCUGAAGUUGUUGUACAUUACAUAUUGUGUCGAAGCUGCUCGCUGAGACAGACAUUUAUUUACAUUUGUAGUUUGGAUUUCUUUGCAGUGAUUGAUGAAUCAUUGCAUUAAGUUGUUUAUUAUGUAGAUGUAAUGGUAGCCCCCAUUUUGUGUGAGAGAUUUGUAAAUUCCCUUACUUCUUACAACCUUGUUUGGCAAAAAUCCCAAGAGGCUGUGUAGAGGGGAAUAUUGAGGUGGGCAAUCUUGUAAGUAGUUGUUUGUUGUGUUGAAAAUAAGAAAACCUCUAGAAAACUGUAUUUUAUUA